GACAUAUCGAUUGUUCGAUAAAUGUGCUCUUGAUUUUUAAUGUGCAGAUUUAUUUCCCUAGCAUAGUUUAUUUUUGCACAAUUUUACAGUCUAUCAAAUUAAAAAUGACAAACGAGAGCACAAAUGUCGCGGAGCGACUCAAAAUGGGUCCGCGAGAAAACGUAACGUAUCCCAUAGUCAUGAAGUAUUGCGGACACUGCACUAUGCCCAUAGAGUACUGUGAAUACUAUCCGGAGUACGACAAAUGCAAGGAUUGGCUGGAACGCAAUCUACCGGAUGAUUUCGAGCGCCUUAAAAUCGAGGAGGAGCAGGCUGCAGCCGAUGGCACCGAUGAUGACAAGAAGCGCCAGAAACGGGGCGGCAAGGGUCUGUUGAGGGUCAAGAAGAAGGAGGAUGUGCCAAAGCGUAUCUGUGUAUCACGUGCUGCCCGCGGCAAAAAGAAGUCCGUUACUGUCGUCACCGGAUUGAGCACUUUUGAUAUUGAUCUCAAAGUGGCUGCCAAGUUCUUUGGAACAAAGUUCGCAUGCGGCUCAUCAGUGACUGGAGACGAUGAAAUUGUCAUUCAGGGCGAUGUUAAGGAUGAGUUGUUUGAUGUCAUUCCUGAAAAGUGGGCCGAAAUCGAUGACGAUGUCAUUGAAGAUCUGGGCGAUCAGAAGCGCUAAACUAAAGGCCAUUUCAAUAUGCUUACAAAAUGUUGUUAUUUCAUAAGCGAAUUACAUCAAAUAGAAAAUGAAUUAAUCUCUAACUAA